CGCAUGCGCCCGGAGAUCAGUGUGUGCCGCGCUCUGCUGCUUUGGCCUUACCAAUACAUCCCGGAAGCACAGUGCCUACGACCGUGUGUCAGCGCCGCCGCCCCCGUCUUCCGAAAUUACAAACAGUCUGCUGAAGUAUAAGGCUUAUUCCGGGCUGUGAGUCUCCAUAGUCUUCACAAUGCCAUACCUGGGGUCAGAAGAUGCUGUGAAAGAGCUUAAAAGAGCGCUGUCUAAUCCUCAUAUCCAGGCAGACAGGUUGAGGUACAGGAAUGUCAUCCACAAGGUGAUCAGGCACAUGACUCAAGGAGUGGAUGUAUCUAGUGUCUUCAUGGAAAUGGUUAAGGCCAGUGCUACGGUAGAUAUUGUGCAAAAGAAGCUGGUUUACUUAUACAUGUGUACGUAUUCUCCUCAAAAACCUGACUUGGCUUUAUUAACUAUCAACACUCUGUGUAAAGACUGCUCAGACCCCAACCCGAUGGUGAGAGGCCUGGCACUGCGGAGUAUGUGUAACCUCAGAAUGCCGGGCAUCCAGGAAUACAUACAACAGCCCAUACAAAAUGGAUUACGAGACAAAGCUUCCUACGUGAGGAGAGUUGCAGUGUUGGGAUGUGCCAAAAUGCACAGGCAACACAGGGAUGUAGAAGUUGAUGGAGCCAUUGUUAAUGAGUUGUACAGUCUGCUGCGAGACCCUGACCCUAUUGUCUUAGUAAACUGUUUACGGGCUUUAGAAGAAAUAUUGAAAGGAGAAGGUGGAGUUGUGAUCAACAAGCCUAUCGCUCACCAUCUGCUCAACAGGUUGGCUGAAUUGGAUCAGUGGGGACAAAGUGAAGUCCUAACAUUUCUUCUGCAGUAUAAACCACAAAGUGAAGAGGAGAUUUUUGACAUCCUGAAUAUACUGGAUAACUAUCUGAAGAGCACUCACAUCAGCGUGGUCAUGGGGGCCACCAAACUCUUCUUGGUUGUAGCAAAAGAUUUUCCUCAUGUCCAGACAGAUGUCCUUGUUCGACUGAAAAGUCCACUGCUUGCAGCUUGUACUUCCGAAAGUAGAGAGAUGUGCUUUGCGGCUUUGUGUCAUGUCCGAGAGAUCCUCAGCAGCUUGCAAGGGCAUUUUAGCAACUGUUACAAAAAGUUUUUCUGUUCGUAUAAUGAUCCUCACUACAUUAAGAACCAGAAGAUUGACAUCCUGUGUGAACUAGUCAAUGAUGAAAACGUCCAUAAUAUACUAGAGGAACUCCGGGUGUGCUGCACAGAUGUGUCAACACAACCUGCCCACACUGCAAUUUUUGCAAUUGGUCGCAUUGCGAGAACAUACAGUGACCAGUGUGUGAAAAUAUUAUCUGGAUUGCUUGAGUUUAAACAAGAGCAUAUUACAUCAGCUGUCAUACAGACUUUCCGGCACCUUGUUUGGCUAUGUCCUCAGUGUACAACGUUAGUGUGCCAGAGCCUUCCUGGUUGUGAAGAGAAAGUUCAGGACAACGAGGGAAAGCAGGCGUUAAUAUGGAUUCUUGGGAUGCAUGGAGAGCUCAUUCCUAAUGCACCUUACGUCUUGGAAGACUAUGUCGAUAAUGUUAAGACAGAGACCUCCAUAACAGUAAAGUUGGAGCUACUUACUGCUCUUGUACGGUUGUUCCUCUUACGGCCAGCAGAGUGUCAGGACUUGCUGGGGCGUCUUCUUUAUUAUUGUAUUGAAGAAGAACUGAACAUGGCUGUACGAGAUCGGGGUCUCUUAUACUAUCGACUCUUAUCGGCUGGAAUAAAGGAGGUGCAGAAAGUGCUUAAUAGUCCAAAAUCAGACACAUCAUUGGGAGUCUUGGUAGAUCAAACAAAGCAGCCACUUAAUAGCUGGGUUAUGGAUUUUAAUACUUUGGCUCCUUUAUAUGAAAACAAGCAUUGCAAAUCUAUUACUGCCCGCUCAGUGAAAUGUGCACUUCCCUUUGUUACAAAACAGCUUGUAGCAGAUCUAACUUCAUCUGUGGCCUUGGAAGUAUCACAAGAGUCCCCUGUGCCUAUAACACUGAGUAGUGAUGUUGCAAUCACCCCAGAGCUGUUUGAGAAAACAUGGAUUUGUUCCGCUACAGAAGAUUGCUUUGAUAUUGAAUGGAAGAAAGAGGUAGAGCCGGAUCUCCUACAAAGUUCCCUUCAUGUGUUGAACAUUUACACCAUUGCCAAGAGCAAAGCUGGCACACAACCCUGGAAAUCCUACCUUUAUGCACAAGACACUGAAGAAAAUAUUUUUCUUGUAGAGUUAAUGCUAUGUACAGACUCGCUUUCCCUAAAGACUACAGUGAAACAGGGCACAGACAAUAAAGAUGGACUUGACAACUUUGUAUCACUUUUGAAAAACACAGUAUCAACACUUUUGGAACUGACCAGGUGAAUAGCACAGGCUACCAGAGUCUCCAGUUACAUUCUUACUGUCAGAAGACACAGGUAUCAGAAUGACAUGCCUAAUGUAUUAUACAGGGCGUUUCACUCGCCGUUGGCCCAAACGUUUUUUUCUUAUAACUUUUAAAGUACUUGAUGUAAUUUGAAAAAAUUUGACCCGAACAUACCUUGGUCUAUGAGAAACAUGAGGAAGUCAUAGCAAGUGUUGUAAGUGUUCGCGAUUAGCAUCCACUCAAGCUUGAAUGCAGCACUUCAUGUUAUGGAAAGUUUUAACCAACAUACUGUAGAUAAGCUAAAGCAAUGAGUGUUGUGUUUAUUCGAUGAUAAGACAGUUUGAGUGCUGCUAUCUAUGUGUGUAUAUAUAUAUGUAUAUAUAUAUAUAUAUAUAUAUAUAGCAAGAUAGAAGAAGUGGCACUCAGAGACUCCAUAAAGUGCAAAAAAAGCAGUCACGCCUUUAUUAUCAACGUUUCGGGGUCUUCCACUUCGUCAGGAUAACAAACAGAUCAAAUGUGAAACAAUUUAUACAUUACCGUCACCAAUCCCCUUGCUGGCUUCUCCCGCCCGCAUGUCCCGCCGUCGGCCGCCGCACCCGUGCCCCCGCAAUAGCCGGAAGCGGAAGGGAUGUGGCCCGCUCUAGACAGCGUCCAGGAGUUGCCAUGGAGACAUGACAACACUCAGUACACCAUGCGUCAACUGUAGCCAUGGUAACCUGUGCGCUCGUCCGUGUUUAAACUAGUCAGCAGUGAUGGUAAACAUCCAAGUUGCUGAUACCCGGGCACAUAUAAGACGCAAACUGAGCGGUGUCAUAUCCCUAACAUUUAGCUCUCUGUAUCCCACCAUACAUUUCAUAUAACAUACAGAUAAAACACAACAUAAAUAGUAGAAAUAGAUUUACCCAAAUAACAACUUCUAUAUUAAUCCUAAGUGCAUAUAAAACCCGUAUGCUGAAUAGAAAAGACAUUUCAGUUACUGCCAAUUAAAAUUUAAAUUUAAUAGACUGUGCAUCUAUCUCCAAUGUACUAGUGGGCUCCAUUAGCAUCAAACGGCCCGCAUUUAUUAGAUCAUGCCUAUGAAAAAAUUACCAUAUUUAAAUUGUAGCCCUACUACUGGGCUGUCCACGCUCUUAUAGAAAAUGCAGACACACUAUCCUGACUCCUCCACGCAUAAACUCCUUUGGGUAAAAGGAACACUCCAUGCAGUGAAAACCACCAUCCUUGUAACCUUUGAGACCAGCCACCAGAUAUAAUUCAUAAGAAGCAAUUAAGACCCAUGGACUCAUUCAUCCCCUUGGGGACCAUGGUGUCUAGCUGAAAAAUCCAAUUAGCCUCCAGCUGCAACAACUUCCUAUGUCUAUUCCCUCUUCUUCUUUUAUAUAUAUUUAUAUAUAUUCUGUAUAUAAAACAAAAACUGCUCCAGGAUCAUUUUAUGUUAUAAAAUCACACACCCUAUAAAAAAACUUGGGUGCAAGAUCCUGGAAAAAUUGGUGGAAACUAAUCCUGCUGCCACUGUUUUACACAGGACCAGGUUAAGCCUUGUGGGGGCACCCCCGUCACAGUGUUCCUUUUGAGUUCUAUGCCAGAGUGAGUUACUUUCCAUAAUGGAGCAGUGUUACAGUACACCCAUCUAGAAUCAGUCUUCUCAAGGCACUGAAAGUACAAUGGAGACAAGUAUCCAGAGAACAAUGGGUCUGCCAAGGCCUUAGCCUCCAUUUAUGCCACUUGUGUCCAGAAGAUUGUCUUGAGUUCUCUUUAAGAACCCAUAUUUAAUUCCAAAUAUUCUAGAGAAUUGUCAUGACCACAUGGACUUCCAUAGCUGAUCAUUUGCAGUAUUCCAAAAUUGUAUGAAUAUGUAUAACAUAUUUAUGAUAAUGUACCUCCUAUUGUAAAUUAUAAGAAUAUUAUGAAUAAUAAAGUAUUUUCAUGACCGUGA